AUGAGCGGCUACAAUCCCUAUGCCUCGGGGCACGGGCACCAAGGCGAUGGCAUGCAGCAGAUGGACAUGUCGGCCAACGGACAAAUCAUGGCCCAAGGAGCUGCCAUGGACGCCAUGGCCGGACAAUCCCUCGACGACAUCGUCAACCAGAACGCCAAAUUCAUGCGGAGACAGAGCAUGUCCGGUGUAUUUCAUUCAGGUCAGCAACAGCAGCAGCAAUCACAACAGACCCAGCCCAUGGAUACCGACGACCCAAGGCGUAUGUCUAUGAUGGAAUUUACCGGCACCUCCCCGACUGGUCCCCUGGAUGCCUACCAGUUCAGCCUCCCAAACUCAGACAUGGUCGACGCUACAGCUUAUAUGGCCGCCAGCCAAGCCAAUCCCAACAACAUUCAAAGCAGACAACCAUCUACCGGUGGCGGCGACAUGGCCAUCGACAAUGGUUUCGCCCCAACAAGUUCUUUCAUGCCAAUGAUGCCACCAACCUCAUCCUACCAAUCUCCUGCACACCUCUCCAACAUUGACAUGGAUCUCAACAGUCCCUACAUCAACACUCCUAUGCACAUGUCAUCCCUUGGUUACAACAGUCCGAGCAUUGACCGACCAAUGCUUACGUAUAAUCACCCUUCAUACCACCACGGAAUGAUGAACUCUCCNCUCAAUACUUCUGUGCCCAACAACAUGUAUGCACAAUCCCCAGAAGCUGGCGGAAACCCCAACCCUCCGAAAAGGCCAUCUCUCGAGAACUCGCAUAGCAGAUCAUCAACAAGUCAAACCAUGCAAAAUACACACCAACAGUCACGCCAGCCCACGCCACAGCGACAAAAUAGCAAUCAUCCACCACAAAACCAAAGGCAACACUCAGGAUUCAAAGCGCAGCCUCAGAAUCCUCAGCCCGGCUCGCAACAAGAUGUAGGCAUGGAUAGAGGUCGCCAUACGGAUCAAAGGCAUCGUUCACCGGACCCGUCACGGUACAAUCCGAAUAACCAGGGUUUCAAUUGGCCUACACCAGAAGCGUGGGGCACGAAAGCUGACGUUGGAACANNGAUGCGCGUCGCGACUCGACCAAAUCCAGAGAUCAAUAUCGGUUCCGUCGAUUUGUCUUGUGCUUUUGUAGUGUGCGAUGCAGAAAAGGAUGAUUUUCCUAUCGUUUAUUGCUCAGACAACUUCGAACGGCUCACAGGCUAUACCAGACACAUGAUCCUCGGCCGGAAUUGCAGAUUCCUGCAAUCACCAGACGGCAAUGUCGAAGCUGGAGUUCGACGCAAAUAUGUCGAUGAUGAUUCGGUCCUCUAUCUCAAGAACAUGAUCAAUCUCCGAAGGGAAGCUCAAAUUUCAUUGAUCAACUAUCGACGAGGUGGCCAACCUUUUAUGAACUUGUUAACAAUGAUUCCAAUCUCUUGGGACACAGAUCAGGUCAAGUUNUUUGUCGGAUUCCAGGUCGAUUUGGUAGAACAACCAAAUGCCGUGACCGAUAGAAAUCCCGAUGGCACUUACUCGAUCAACUAUCAAAGAGGCAUGACAAUGCCACGCUACGUUAUGAAUGCCCCAGAGUCGACUGUCAACAGAGGAGAGCUUGGUCAAACAAUACCGAGAGACGAUGUUUCCGCUAUUCUCAGCACGAUUGGAACCGGAGAAUCCGACUUCGCCAAACGCAUGUGGGACAAGGUACUCCUCGAAAACACAGACGACGUCAUUCAUGUUCUGUCUCUCAAGGGCUUGUUUCAAUGGAUUUCNCCGUCUGCAUCGAAGGUGCUCGAAUAUGAACCUGGAGAAAUUAUUGGCACAGCACUUUCAUCAAUCUGUCACCCUAGUGAUAUCGUGCCCGUAACAAGAGAUCUCAAGGACACUUCUACUGGAGCAUCAGUCAACGUCGUUUUCCGCAUCCGUAGGAAAAACAGUGGUUAUAUGUGGUUUGAAGGUCACGGAUCGCUUCAUACCGAACAGGGCAAGGGUCGAAAAUCAAUCAUCAUGGUCGGAAGAGAGCGUCCGGUUUACGCGCUCAGCAGAAACGAACUGACUGGAAACAAUGGAGUCGGUGAAAACGAGCUUUGGACCAAGAUGUCGACGUCAGGCAUGUUCCUAUUCGUAUCAUCGAACGUAAGACAGCUUCUCGACCGUCAGCCGGAUGAGCUUGUAGGAGUGAGCAUCCAAUCUCUCAUGAGAGCAGAUUCCAAGGCCGAGUUUGGACGAGUUCUGGAGCAUGCGCGUACGGGUAAGAAAGCAUCUGUUAGACACGAGAUGAUCAAUCGCCGCGGACACGUCCUCCAGGCUUUCACGACCUUGUAUCCUGGUGAUGCUACAGAAGGACACAAACCGACGUUCAUUGUCGCUCAAACACGUCUCAUCAAGCACCAACGGGGCAAUUCAUCCUCUCGACCAGCGCUGAGUCAACGUGGGUCGGAAUCUGUAUUGUCUGGCAGAUUUACACCUACAACGCCAAUGCUUAUGGGCGACAAUACUCCACAAUCACUGAUGCAGCUCCAAUCUACAGACGGUGCAGCUCCCACUUACUCGGGCCAAAAUGGACUCCAGCUUGGUCGCCAAGAUGGAGCAUUGGCCUCGGAAGACAACCUGUUUGAUGAACUCAAAACGACCAAGUCCUCUUCUUGGCAGUACGAAAUCAGACAGUUGGAGAAGAAGAACCGGAUGCUAGCGGAGGAAGUACAAUCUUUGUUGGCUGCGAAGAAAAAGCGAAAGAGGAGAAAGGGUGCUGGUCAGAUGCAGAAAGAUUGCGCCAACUGCCAUACCAGAGUAACGCCCGAGUGGAGGAGAGGCCCAAGCGGACAGCGAGAUCUUUGCAACAGCUGUGGUCUGAGAUGGGCCAAGCUGAACGGCAGAGUAUCACCUCGAACCAGCUCACAGCACUCUGUACAUUCGGCGACAUCGGAGAAGGCUUCCAAGAAGUCACAGUCUCCCAUGCACCCGCCUGGUGUUCAUGGCGUCAAGACAGAAUCGACGACGCCUCGUCAGCAAUCGCUAGACGCACUCGCACAACACGGUCAAAACAUGAAUGCAACCAGCGGGUAUGUCAAUGUCACCUCACCACAACAACACCAUGGACCUACGGGGCAUUCCGCACACAUGGAAGGUGCCAGCAGAGUUCCCGAAAAGAUCGAAGAAGAGUGA